AUGGAACACGCGCUCACCUGUAACAACCUCAAAUGUCGGAGGGAACUCAGCGAUCGUGCUCUCGUAACGACAUGCAGUCACAUCUUUUGCAUAGAAUGCGCCCAACGACUUGGUGUAACUGGACAAGAAGCUGGUCGCCAAAACAUAUGCCCUGCUUGCCACUCCCAACUUACCAAUCCGGACGAUGCCGUCAUUACAAACUUGAAUCCGAGUGAGGACUACAAGACCAGCGUCUUGAGUGGCCUAAGCCCCAACAUCAUCAUGGAGUGCGCGGGUCGGGCACUCAGCUUCUGGGCUUACCAGACCACCCAGAACAUAUGCUAUCAGCAGUAUUUGUACAAGACUCUGACAGACAAGUACUCGAAUCUUGGCACGCGUCUUGAAAAGACUGUGAAUGACGCGAAUUCGGAAAUAGAGGGGCUUCACCACAAACUAUCAAGCAUGACAGCAGAGCAGGAUGAUCUACGACGCAAAUGUGACGAGUUGUCCCGUGCGUUCAAAGAGAAGAGUCGCAAGGUUCUCCAACUGCAGGAACUUUACGACAAAGUCAAAAGAAAAGCUGAGCUUGGCCAUAUUCAGAGAGCAGCCUCUGACGCCGUUGACUCUACAAUACAGGCCACACUGCUCGAGCAUGGCUAUGGUGAAGGUAUGCCUCCACAAGGCCACGUCGAGGGCCAUGCCGAAGGCCAUACUAUGCCUGUCUACAACCAUAGUCAUCGGGUUGAUAUCUCUGGAAUGAAUACCAGUCUCCCACGAAACUUUUCCACUGUAUCGAGGGAUGGAACGCAGUGGCCACGACUGGGAAGAUCACCACAUCUCAACACUUCGGGGACACCCAUUAAUAAUUUCCGUCGGCCAGGACACGAUGGAGCAUCAGUACCACAAGCCACAAGCUUACCAACUCUGACAGGCGCGUCGGCUCCAAACUUCGGCGGAGCGAGGCAGCCUGUGAACGCUUUUGCUCCAGGGUUCAACAAUCACCGCGGCGGUUUGGCAGGCGUCGGCUUGUCUUCCGGCAUCAAGGUCAGCCAAGCAAACAAUGCACCAGCGUUAGAUGUUCCAGUCAGGCAUUUUUGA